AUGGACUCCAAAUUGUAUCUGGCUGAGAAUGUGCUCAAUGAGCGCCGCCCUGUCACCUAUCGUUCAUUGAGCCGUGCGCUCAAAGUGAACGCCAAUCGGGCUAAACAUAUCCUUUUUGAAUUCCACCGCAAUGAGAACGCGAAAAAGCCGCAGACUGUCCACGCAACCUACGUCAUCUCCGGUCUCCAGAAAGCGUCUGAACCAGCCCCUGCAAAUGGCCAUGCGAACGACGAGGAUGAGGUUAUGCAGAGCAGUCCGUAUCUGCCUAGCUCAAUCCCGAACCAGGAUGAAGUCUCAGACUCAAUUCGCAUCACCUCCAUUGUGUUAGCGCGUGAAGAAGACCUUGAAGAUGCGAAAUCAACAUUCCAGUCGAUAUCUACCAUUCAUGUCUACAGCCUUGAACCGACCGCUCUCCCGGACUUGAAUGUGUUGGUGGAUGCCAGCCGAGAGAUAGCGAGUAGCCAUGCGCAUGAGGAUCCAUUAGAGUGUGGGAAGCAAUGGGGUAUGAUCCAAAACCGGAAUGUCAAGAGGAGGACUGGUGCGCGCCCACCCCCACCCCGAGCUGCAGCUGCAGCUCCAGCUGUUAAGGCGCCAGCUGCCAAGGCAUCGAAGCCUGCGACUGAGUCGACGGUGCCUGCCAAACGGCCAUUUCAAAAGGAAUCAUCCUCAGCAAAGGCAGAAGCUCCCAAGCCCGAUGAACCAAAGUCCGAGCCAUCCUCUGCUGCCAACUCUCAGACAUCCUCGAAGCCUUCUGGUAAAUCAGCGCCAGCUAAGCAAAAAGGCAAUAUUUUCAGCUCUUUCGCCAAGGCAAAGCCAAAGACCAAGGCAUCAACACCUACAGAAUCGGCCGCAGCAAGUGCCGCGGAAGAUGUGAUGCUUGACGAUGCCUCUGAAGAAGAGGCCGAAGAGCUGUUCCCCAAUAGCACCGAUAAAACUGCUGCACCAACUCGCGAAAAUAGAAAAGAGCGCGAGGAGAAGCUUAAGAAGAUGAUGGAUGACGACGAGGAUGAGGCUGAUGGUACACCCAGGUCUCCAUCUUGCGACUCGAAGAAACAAGGCAUUGACAUGCAUACAGAUGAAGAAAUGCCUGAUGCCGACGAGGAACCACGGGAGCCCACGCCUAUUGAACAACCGCCACCAUCCAAACCAGCCGAACUCAAAGAAGAAGUGACAGUGCAAGGUGGGCGGCGGCGAGGCAAGCGGCAAGUCAUGAAGAAGAAGACGGUCAAAGACGAGGAAGGUUACUUAGUCACCCGGGAAGAGGCAUCAUGGGAGUCUUUCUCCGAAGAUGAGCCGGCGCCCAAGAAGAAGCCAGUCAAUGUUCCCAAGGCCAAGGCUGGCAAAGCCGCGGGACAAGGGAAUAUCAUGUCAUUCUUUGGGAAGAAAUGA